AAAAAAAGAACUUGUUGAUAAAAGUAAAUUAUGUACCAGUUGUUAUUAUACCAAAACACAAUUCCAGAAUGUUAGUAGCGGAAAUCAAGAUAUUGACAAUUUAAUUAAGGCAACGCAUAAUAAUCAGGCUAAAUUUAGAUUAGAAUGGAUCCCAUUUGAGGAUUUUACUGAUAUAAAACCAAUUGGAGAGGGUGGUUUUAGUGAAAUCCAUAAAGCAAAAUGGACAAAAGGUUCAAUAAAAAGUUGGGACGGGGUAAAAAAAAGAUUCAACCGAAAUAACAAUCAAACUGUCGUAUUAAAAGUUCUAAAGGACUCUCAAGAUAUUAAUACGACAUUCUUAAAAGAGUUACAAAAUAUUGUUAAAAGCCAGCCUAAUUCCCACGUGCGCCACAUUAUUCAAUGUUAUGGCGUAUCAAAAUUUCCAAAAACAAAUGAUUAUAUUUUUGUCAUAUCUUAUAUGUCUAAUGGAAGUCUAAAUGAUUAUUUAUCUAAUACUUUUAAAGAUCUUACUUGGGAAAUGAAACGACACUUUCUUAGGGAUAUUGCUACAGGAAUUAAAUGGAUUCAUAAAAAUAACAUUGUACACCGCGAUAUACACGAUGGAAAUAUAUUAAUAGGCAAGUUGACAAGCAUUAGUUCUGAUUCUAAUCCCUUAAUUGAGAUUUAG